ACCCUGCACUGAGUCCCGGGACCCCGGGAGAGCGGUCAGUGUGUGGUCGCUGCGUUUCCUCUGCCUGCGCCGGGCAUCACUUGCGCGCCGCAGAAAGCCCGUCUGGCAGCCUGGAUAUCCUCUCCUACCGGCACCCGCAGACGCCCCUGCAGCCGCGGUCGGCGCCCGGGCUCCCUAGCCCUGUGCGCUCAACUGUCCUGCGCUGCGGGGUGCCGCGAGUUCCACCUCCGCGCCUCCUUCUCUAGACAGGCGCUGGGAGAAAGAACCGGCUCCCGAGUUCUGGGCAUUUCGCCCGGCUCGAGGUGCAGGAUGCAGAGCAAGGUGCUGCUGGCCGUCGCCCUGUGGCUCUGCGUGGAGACCCGGGCCGCCUCUGUGGGUUUGCCUAGUGUUUCUCUUGAUCUGCCCAGGCUCAGCAUACAAAAAGACAUACUUACAAUUAAGGCUAAUACAACUCUUCAAAUUACUUGCAGGGGACAGAGGGACUUGGACUGGCUUUGGCCCAGUAAUCAGAGUGGCAGUGAGCAAAGGGUGGAGGUGACUGAGUGCAGCGAUGGCCUCUUCUGUAAGACACUCACAAUUCCAAAAGUGAUCGGAAAUGACACUGGAGCCUACAAGUGCUUCUACCGGGAAACUGACUUGGCCUCGGUCAUUUAUGUCUAUGUUCAAGAUUACAGAUCUCCAUUUAUUGCUUCUGUUAGUGACCAACAUGGAGUCGUGUACAUUACUGAGAACAAAAACAAAACUGUGGUGAUUCCAUGUCUCGGGUCCAUUUCAAAUCUCAACGUGUCACUUUGUGCAAGAUACCCAGAAAAGAGAUUUGUUCCUGAUGGUAACAGAAUUUCCUGGGACAGCAAGAAGGGCUUUACUAUUCCCAGCUACAUGAUCAGCUAUGCUGGCAUGGUCUUCUGUGAAGCAAAAAUUAAUGAUGAAAGUUACCAGUCUAUUAUGUACAUAGUUGUCGUUGUAGGGUAUAGGAUUUAUGACGUGGUUCUGAGUCCGUCUCAUGGAAUUGAACUAUCUGUUGGAGAAAAGCUUGUCUUAAAUUGUACAGCAAGAACUGAACUAAAUGUGGGGAUUGACUUCAACUGGGAAUACCCUUCUUCGAAGCAUCAGCAUAAGAAACUUGUAAACCGAGACCUAAAAACCCAGGCUGGGAGUGAGAUGAAGAAAUUUUUGAGCACCUUAACUAUAGAUGGUGUAACCCGGAGUGACCAAGGAUUGUACACCUGUGCAGCGUCCAGUGGGCUGAUGACCAAGAAGAACAGCACAUUUGUCAGGGUCCACGAAAAACCUUUUGUUGCUUUUGGAAGUGGCAUGGAAUCUCUGGUGGAAGCCACGGUGGGGGAGCGUGUCAGAAUCCCUGUGAAGUACCUUGGUUACCCACCCCCAGAAAUAAAAUGGUAUAAAAAUGGAAUACCCCUUGAGUCCAAUCACACAAUUAAAGCGGGGCAUAUACUGACGAUUAUGGAAGUGAGUGAAAGAGACACAGGAAAUUACACUGUCAUCCUUACCAAUCCCAUUUCAAAGGAGAAGCAGAGCCAUGUGGUCUCUCUGGUUGUGUAUGUCCCACCCCAGAUUGGUGAGAAAUCUCUAAUCUCUCCUGUGGAUUCCUACCAGUACGGCACCACUCAAACGCUUACGUGUACGGUCUAUGCCAUUCCUCCCCCACAUCACAUCCACUGGUAUUGGCAGUUGGAGGAAGAGUGCCCCAACGAGCCCAGCCAAGCUGUCUCAGUGACAAACCCAUACCCUUGUGAAGAAUGGAGAAGUGUGGAGGACUUCCAGGGAGGAAAUAAAAUUGAAGUUAAUAAAAAUCAAUUUGCUCUAAUUGAAGGAAAAAACAAAACUGUAAGUACCCUUGUUAUCCAAGCGGCAAAUGUGUCAGCUUUGUACAAAUGUGAAGCGGUCAACAAAGUCGGGAGAGGAGAGAGGGUGAUCUCCUUCCACGUGACCAGGGGUCCUGAAAUUACUUUGCAACCUGACAUGCAGCCCACUGAGCAGGAGAGUGUGUCUUUGUGGUGCACUGCAGACAGAUCUACGUUUGAGAACCUCACAUGGUACAAGCUUGGCCCACAGCCUCUGCCAAUCCAUGUGGGAGAGUUGCCCACACCUGUUUGCAAGAACUUGGAUACUCUUUGGAAAUUGAAUGCCACCAUGUUCUCUAAUAGCACAAAUGACAUUUUGAUCAUGGAGCUUAAGAAUGCAUCCUUGCAGGACCAAGGAGACUAUGUCUGCCUUGCUCAAGACAGGAAGACCAAGAAAAGACAUUGCGUGGUCAGGCAGCUCACAGUCCUAGAGCGUGUGGCACCCAUGAUCACAGGAAACCUGGAGAAUCAGACGACAAGUAUUGGGGAAAGCAUCGAAGUCUCAUGCACGGCAUCUGGGAAUCCCCCUCCACAGAUCAUGUGGUUUAAAGAUAAUGAGACCCUUGUAGAAGACUCAGGCAUUGUAUUGAAGGAUGGGAACCGGAACCUCACUAUCCGCAGAGUGAGGAAGGAGGACGAAGGCCUCUACACCUGCCAGGCAUGCAGUGUUCUUGGAUGUGCAAAAGUGGAGGCAUUUUUCAUAAUAGAAGGUGCCCAGGAAAAGACGAACUUGGAAAUCAUUAUUCUAGUAGGCACGGCGGUGAUUGCCAUGUUCUUCUGGCUACUUCUUGUCAUCAUCCUACGGACCGUUAAGCGGGCCAAUGGAGGGGAACUGAAGACAGGCUACUUGUCCAUCGUCAUGGAUCCAGAUGAACUCCCAUUGGAUGAACAUUGUGAACGACUGCCUUAUGAUGCCAGCAAAUGGGAAUUCCCCAGAGACCGGCUGAAGCUAGGUAAGCCUCUUGGCCGUGGUGCCUUUGGCCAAGUGAUUGAAGCAGAUGCCUUUGGAAUUGACAAGACAGCAACUUGCAGGACAGUAGCAGUCAAAAUGUUGAAAGAAGGAGCAACACACAGUGAGCAUCGAGCUCUCAUGUCUGAACUCAAGAUCCUCAUUCAUAUUGGCCACCAUCUCAAUGUGGUCAACCUUCUAGGUGCCUGUACCAAGCCAGGAGGGCCACUCAUGGUGAUUGUGGAAUUCUGCAAAUUUGGAAACCUGUCCACUUACCUGAGGAGCAAGAGAAAUGAAUUUGUCCCCUACAAGACCAAAGGGGCACGAUUCCGUCAAGGGAAAGACUACGUUGGAGCAAUCCCUGUGGAUCUGAAACGGCGCUUGGACAGCAUCACCAGUAGCCAGAGCUCAGCCAGCUCUGGAUUUGUGGAGGAGAAGUCCCUUAGUGAUGUAGAAGAAGAGGAAGCUCCUGAAGAUCUGUAUAAGGACUUCCUGACCUUGGAGCAUCUCAUCUGUUACAGCUUCCAAGUGGCUAAGGGCAUGGAGUUCUUGGCAUCGCGAAAGUGUAUCCACAGGGACCUGGCGGCACGAAAUAUCCUCUUAUCGGAGAAGAACGUGGUUAAAAUCUGUGACUUUGGCUUGGCCCGGGAUAUUUAUAAAGAUCCAGAUUAUGUCAGAAAAGGAGAUGCUCGCCUCCCUUUGAAAUGGAUGGCCCCAGAAACAAUUUUUGACAGAGUGUACACAAUCCAGAGUGACGUCUGGUCUUUUGGUGUUUUGCUGUGGGAAAUAUUUUCCUUAGGUGCUUCUCCAUAUCCCGGGGUAAAGAUUGAUGAAGAAUUUUGUAGGCGAUUGAAAGAAGGAACUAGAAUGAGGGCCCCUGAUUUUACUACACCAGAAAUGUACCAGACCAUGCUGGACUGCUGGCACGGGGAGCCCAGUCAGAGACCCACGUUUUCAGAGUUGGUGGAACAUUUGGGAAAUCUCUUGCAAGCUAAUGCUCAGCAGGAUGGCAAAGACUACAUUGUUCUUCCGAUAUCAGAGACUUUGAGCAUGGAAGAGGAUUCUGGACUCUCUCUGCCUACCUCACCUGUUUCCUGUAUGGAGGAGGAGGAAGUAUGUGACCCCAAAUUCCAUUAUGACAACACAGCAGGAAUCAGUCAGUAUCUGCAGAACAGUAAGCGAAAGAGCCGGCCUGUGAGUGUAAAAACAUUUGAAGAUAUCCCAUUAGAAGAACCAGAAGAAAAAGUAAUCCCAGAUGACAACCAGACGGACAGUGGUAUGGUUCUUGCCUCAGAAGAGCUGAAAACCUUGGAAGACAGAACCAAAUUAUCUCCAUCUUUUAGUGGAAUGGUGCCCAGCAAAAGCAGGGAGUCUGUGGCAUCUGAAGGCUCAAACCAGACAAGCGGCUACCAGUCCGGAUAUCACUCCGAUGACACAGACACCACUGUGUACUCCAGUGAGGAAGCAGAACUUUUAAAGCUGAUAGAGAUUGGAGUGCAAACCGGUAGCACAGCCCAGAUUCUCCAGCCUGACUCGGGGACCACACUGAGCUCUCCUCCUGUUUAAAAGGAAGCAUCCACACCCCCAACUCCCGGACAUCACAUGAGAGGUGCUGCUCAGAUUUUCAAGUGUUGUUCUUUCCACCAGCAGGAAGUAGCCACAUUUGAUUUUCAUUUCGACAACAAAAAAAGGACCUCGGACUGCAGGGAGCUAGUCUUCUAGGCAUAUCCUGGAAGAGGCUUGUGACCCAAGAAUGUGUCUGUGUCUUCUCCCAGUGUUGACCUGAUCCUCUUUUUCAUUCAUUUAAAAAGCAUUUAUCAUGCCCCCUGCUGCGGGUCUCACCAUGGGUUAGAACAAAGACGUUCAAGAAAAGGCCCCAUCCUCAAAGAAGUAGCAGUACCUGGGGAGUUGACACUUCUGUAAAACUAGAAGAUAAACCAGGCAAUGUAAGUGUUCGAGGUGUUGAAGAUGGGAAGGAUUUGCAGGGCUGAGUCUAUCCAAGAGGCUUUGUUUAGGACGUGGGUCCCAAGCCAAGCCUUAAGUGUGGAAUUCGGAUUGAUAGAAAGGAAGACUAACGUUACCUUGCUUUGGAGAGUACUGGAGCCUGCAAAUGCAUUGUGUUUGCUCCGGUGGAGGUGGGCAUGGGGUCUGUUCUGAAAUGUAAAGGGUUCAGACGGGGUUUCUGGUUUUAGAAGGUUGCGUGUUCUUCGAGUUGGGCUAAAGUAGAGUUGAGUUGUGCUGUUUCUGACUCCUAAUGAGAGUUCCUUCCAGACCGUUACGUGUCUCCUGGCCAAGCCCCAGGAAGGAAAUGAUGCAGCUCUGGCUCCUUGUCUCCCAGGCUGAUCCUUUAUUCAGAAUACCACAAAGAAAGGACAUUCAGCUCAAGGCUCCCUGCCGUGUUGAAGAGUUCUGACUGCACAAACCAGCUUCUGGUUUCUUCUGGAUGAAUACCCUCAUAUCUGUCCUGAUGUGAUAUGUCUGAGACUGAAUGCGGGAGGUUCAAUGUGAAGCUGUGUGUGGUGUCAAAGUUUCAGGAAGGAUUUUACCCUUUUGUUCUUCCCCCUGUCCCCAACCCACUCUCACCCCGCAACCCAUCAGUAUUUUAGUUAUUUGGCCUCUACACUCCAGUAAACCUGAUUGGGUUUGUUCACUCUCUGAAUGAUUAUUAGCCAGACUUCAAAAUUAUUUUAUAGCCCAAAUUAUAACAUCUAUUGUAUUAUUUAGACUUUUAACAUAUAGAGCUAUUUCUACUGAUUUUUGCCCUUGUUCUGUCCUUUUUUUCAAAAAAGAAAAUAUGUUUUUUGUUUGGUACCAUAGUGUGAAAUGCUGGAAACAAUGACUAUAAGACAUGCUAUGGCACAUAUAUUUAUAGUCUGUUUAUGUAGAAACAAAUGUAAUAUAUUAAAGCCUUAUAUUAUAUAUAAUGAACUUUGUACUAUUCACAUUUUGUAUCAGUAUUAUGUAGCAUAACAAAGGUCAUAAUGCUUUCAGCAAUUGAUGUCAUUUUAUUAAAGAACAUUGAAAAACUUGAAGGAAUCCCUUUGCAAGGUUGCAUUACUGUACCCAUCAUUUCUAAAAUGGAAGAGGGGGUGGCUGGGCACAGUGGCUGACACCUAAAAACCCAGCACUUUGGGGGGCCAAGGUGGGAGGAUCGCUUGAGCCCAGGAGUUCAAGACCAGUCUGGCCAACAUGGUCAGAUUCCAUCUCAAAGAAAAAAGGUAAAAAUAAAAUAAAAUGGAGAAGAAGGAAUCAGACAUAAUUUCCAUGUGGUUGUUUUACAUUUUUACUGGUUUUCUUACUCUUCUUAUAAGGGAUAUUUUCAUAAACUGGUUAUAUAUUUUACAAACCAAUAAAUGUAUUUGUAGUACAAAAUAUGAGGGUAUAAUAUCACCACAACUAUUUUGAGGAUAAGUAUGUCUGGUUUAAAGUUUAACUGCUUCUUCCCUCUUCUUCUUCAUUACAAAGAAUUCACACACACACACACACACACACACACCCCACG